GGGCAGGGGGUGCCCCGCCGCUGGACUGGUCGUUGCUGCUGCGGUUGGCGGCGCAGGGGCGGUUCGGUAGGAGCCUGCCGUUGGACGAGCAGGUGUUUAUCGUGGUGGCUGAUUCCGUUAUGAAGCAGCUGGACGGGCUCAAGUCGCUUCCCGACACACGUGUGGCAGUACGGCGCUUCAUGAGUGAGGGAUUGGAGCAGUCGGGACCCGCGGGCUACGAUUUCCUCACCGUGCUAGGAGCCCACGAGGGCGAGGGUCUGGCCCUGGCUCCCUCCCACGGGGGCCUGCUGGGGCUGGCUGGCAGCCGCUCGCCCUGGCUGGCCAGCCGGGGGCAGGCGGUGGACGUGCGCAUCGUGGAGGUGGCGCUGUUCUUCCAGGCGGAGGUGGCGAGGGCCUACCAGAAGGGUAACGGUAACGGUAACGGUGAGGGCGCCGCCGCUUCUGGUUCAACUGCUAACGCCGGCAGUACGACACCCUUCCUGCCGGUGAUCUUGCUUUCUAACGACAACGCCCAGAUUGCUGCGGCCAAGAGUCACGGCUUGCCGGCAUUCAGGCUCUCCUCCGCCUCCGACCUCUCCUCCCGCCUGGCGGCGGUGGAGGCGGGCGGCGGACCCCUCACCGCGGGGCUGCUGAGGAGCUUGCUGGCGCCGCAGGCCACCAAGGCUCUUGGUACGACGGCCACUCGGAGCAUUCAGGACCAGUUCGACAGCGCCGUAGGCACUCUGCGGGGGGUGGUGGGGGCGCUGGGGGGGAUCAUAGCGCCGCUGGAGAGGGUACGGCAGCUGGCGGAGGAGGGGGCGGCGGGGGCGGGGGCGGGCGCUGAAGGUGGUGACGGUGGUGGUGGUGGUCCUGAUGCGGCGGGAGGAAAGGCGGCGGAGGUGUUGAAGGCGGCGGUGGCGGCUUUCCAAGAGAUCAGUGAGGUGCUAGGCGCAAGCGACAACGAUACCAGUGAUCACAGCAGCAGCAGCAUCAACGGCGGUCUGCUGCCCGGGCUGCGGGCUGUGUUGGCGGGCCUUGAGGGGCAGUUGGUGGAGUGGGAGGGGGUGGUGCGCAGCCGGCAGGCGCCCUCGCGACUGGUGCAGUGGGCGGCACUGGGUGGGGGAGGAGCAGGGGUUUAGGGGUUGAGGCUCGGUUUGGGUGGGAUAGGGAGGAGCAGGUGCAGGAAAGACGGCCAUGGCUUGUGGUCGUGAUGUGGAGAGUGCUAAUUGGGGGAUAGCAGCAGGGCUGGGUGAGGAGGAAGGGGGCGGGUGGCGCGUGUGUAGGUAUUGUGGGCUCCGCUGACAGGACACGUGUAGCUGACGUGGGCAUGGAGGUGAUCGGUGCAUGUAGCUGGGCGUUCUGCAGUGCCUGGCAAGGAGAUCUGGGGGGCACCCGCGCCUGUGCAUGGUGCCAAACUGCCAGUAUCGGUAUACCGGCGUUUGAGUGGUGCCGUACGGACUUCUUUGCGCGGCUGGGACUACUGUGGGUCUAGCCGACCUCGUCGCGCUUCUAGACAUAGCAUUCAUGCAACUCUUGACAUCCUGUAUAAAGCAUUUAGCAGGCAUGACUUGUGCGUCGGAGGCGGUACCACUGUAUGGUCAGUAUUGUCGUCUCCGCCGAUGUAUUUCUCUCCCACGACA